AUGUCGAGGCGCAAGCAAGCGAAGCCCCAGCACAUCCAUUCGGACGAGCGGCAGUUCCCGGAUGUAGCGAAUGGAACCCCACAAGAUAUCCCAGGUGACAUAGGUGAAAUGAAUGCCAAACGAUGUCGGACCGAAGAAACCCAUGUCUGUGAGAAAUGCUGUGCUGAGUUCUUUGACCUCAUUGAACUCCUCGAGCAUAAGAAAAAUUGCACUAAAACACCACCUGUCCUCAUCAUGAAUGACAGUGAAGGGGCAGUGCCCUUGGAAGCCUUCCCUGACAGCUCUAUGGAGACUUUUCCAACCAGCCAAAUGGAUGGUAGGCUGGCUGAGGAGAGUCACGUAAAGAGCUGCCCAGCUUCAGCAGAAAAGAGAGAAGAGAAAGCUGGAUCCGAACCUUCAGGAAUGACAUAUCUAAAAACAGAGCCCUCUGUUGCCUCCACAACUCAAGGGCUAAGCUUUGUCCCCAAACCCAAAGUACCAAACACUAAUGUGACUUUGCAAACUAUACAUGGCACUAAAGUGGCUGUCAACCAGUGUACCUCAGAGUCUCUGUCUCCCUCCGUGGCUGGCCUCAGUGCCAUCCCAAUGAUCCUGGAGCAGUUGAUGUGCCUACAGCAGCAGCAACUCCAGCAACUCCAGCUGACGGAGCAGAUCCGCAUCCAAAUUGCCAUGAUGGCCCCCCAUAUCCUACAUCCCUCAGUUGCUGCUGCAGAACCCCUCAAAGCUUUGGGGGCUCAUAUGUCCCAGCAGCUGUCAGCUGCUGUUGCUUUAAUUGGACAGAAAGCUGGGAAUCCAAGCCUAUCCUUGGAAUCCUUGAAGCAAGGCAAACUACCUCAUCCUAAUAUUGGUAUUCCGACAACCGUCUCGGUGGCCGGUGGGCUUGCUCCUGCCCUCUCUUUGAAGCCCGAUGUAAGUCGAAGCUUGCCAGGUUCUAUGUCUCGCUUCCUGAGCCCUUUGCUACCUCAAUCUUCCAGCUCGGCCAUCUUCCAGAAUCCCCUUACCAUUGUCUCCCCAGCCAUCGACCCCUCAAAGAAGGGGAAAGGGAAAGUAGCAAAUGUGAGUGUCUCUGAAAGUAAACCAAGCCAGGAGGAGUCCUUCUUCAAACACAAGUGCAAGUUUUGCGGCAAAAUCUUUGGCAACGACAGCGCUCUGCAAAUUCACCUCCGUUCUCACACUGGGGAGAGGCCCUACAAGUGCAACAUUUGUGGCAAUCGUUUCACCACCAAAGGCAACCUGAAAGUGCAUUUCCAGCGGCAUAAAGAGAAGUACCCUCACAUCAAAAUGAAUCCGUACCCUGUGCCUGAACACCUAGAUAAUGUGCCCACCAGCACUGGCAUACCUUACGGGAUGUCUGUCCCACUAGAUGAAUCUAAUCUUAUUGUGGAUUCCAAGCCUAUUCUGACCACCCUGCCUGGCUCCGUAGGCUCUGCCUUGCCACCAAACACUUCCAACCCCACAAGUAGCAAGGAUCCUUUUACCAGCACACUUCUAAGUGAUGUCCAGCCAGAAAGUGAAGGAGAUUCUUCAUCAGGUUCGGCCAGUCAUGAAUCAGGAGCUGAGCUGAACCAGAGCUCUCCGCAGGCUGGCUGCAGUGGGAGUGCUUUCCACGGAUGCCGGGUUGGUGAGCAAGGCUCUGAAACAACAAAGCUCCAGCAGUUGGUGGAGAACAUUGACAAAGCCACCACUGACCCCAAUGAGUGCUUGAUCUGCCAUAGAGUUCUCAGUUGCCAGAGCUCCCUCAAAAUGCAUUACCGCACUCACACGGGCGAGAGGCCCUUCAAGUGCAAGUUUUGUGGCCGUGCUUUUUCCACCAAAGGCAACCUCAAAACACACUAUGGUGUGCACCGAGCAAAUACUCCCCUGAAGAUGCAGCACUCCUGUCCUAUCUGCCAAAAGAAAUUUACAAAUGCAGUGGUGCUGCAGCAACACAUUCGUAUGCAUAUGGGAGGGCAGAUCCCCAAUACCCCAGUGGUAGAAACCCUCCAUGAUAAUAACGACAUGGAGGCUACUUCAGCUGAGAACAAUGGAGAUCCCUGUUGCUUAGAGAGCAAUGAAAGCAUGGAAAUGGAUGGAGACUUGGAAUCACCAAACGGCCCAAACCAUUCUUCUAAAUCUUGCAAUGCUCAAGCUGAUCCAUCAACAUCUGUUCGUUCCAGUAUUUCAGCUCUAGAAAACCAGAUGAAAAUGGUGAAUUCGGCUUUGACUUUGCAGCGGCAAAGUAGUUUGAAAUCGAGUGAUAAUGGUUCUGCAGAGAGUGACGGCAUGACCAAUGAUUCUUCCUCAGUGGCAGGUGAUCUGGACUAUCAGAAUGGUAGCCGUAGCCCCAUCACCUCUGAAUCAGCUUCCUUCCUGGCUAUGUCUCCAACGAACAGUCAAGCAGAGAGCACCAGAUCAAAAUCACCAUGUUUUGGUAUCCAAGAAGACGGAAUAGUGGGAAGCAAGGUUGAAGGUUCUGAGGUCACGCCUACAGAAAGAGAACGGGCUUUGGAUCUAACAUAUGGCAACAUUGGUCGAAAAGUGAUUAAAGAGGAACCUGGGUUAUACUUCACAAAUGGAGAAUAUGGCCGGAGCAGCAUCCACCCAUCAUUUAUCAGAGCACCACCGGCCCUCAUAAAAAUGGAGAUGUCCAGCGAUCGCCCCAUUAGCACCAGCCAUUUUAUUACCCCUCCUGCAUUGUCACCCAGCGUGCCUCCUCUUCUGGUGCCACCCCAUCGCCGUACUGCUAAGCAGCAUAUCUGCAUUACCUGUGGCAAGAACUUCUCUUCAGCAAGUGCUCUUCAGAUCCACGAGCGGACUCACACAGGGGAAAAGCCAUUUGCAUGCACCAUCUGUGGAAGAGCUUUUACCACAAAGGGGAAUCUCAAGGUCCAUGUUGGAACCCACAUGUGGAACAAUUCUGCCAGACGCGGAAGAAGACUGUCCAUUGAUAACCCCAUGGCUUUGCUUGGCAAUGAUUCAAAGAAGGUAUCAGAAAUGUUCCCUAAAGAUGCAGUGACGCCUUCAGUGAGCCUUGAUCCAUCAGCAUGGAACCAGUAUGCUGCAGUGCUCAGUAAUGGCUUAGCCAUGAAAACCAAUGAGAUUUCUGUGAUCCAAAGUGGAGGCAUUCGUUCUCUUCCAACCACCAUUGGGGGAAGUCCAGCGAUCAAUGUAGCAAUGAAUUCUGCCACCGUUUCCAAGAUGGAUAGUUCCCAGGCUGUGAUUGGUUCAGAGAUGGAGAAAACGAGCAGCAUGGCUGAAGACAAUGUGCCAAAGCAUCAAUUCCCUCACUUCAUAGAGGAGAACAAAAUUGCUGUUAAUUGA